GCAAAGGGUCAGUUUUAGUUGUGAGCCUGUUGAAAUUUUCCAUCAUUAAUGACAUUUGUCCACAGAGAUGGCAUCCCCAGACUCAAAUCACCCUGAAAUGACCGUUGUAGGCCUUCAUGGAACCAAUCGAGCCAUACACCAUGUGGCGUUUUCAGACUGCCAGAAUGGAUUAGGCAUUAAAAUUGUUGGAAGCUGUCAAGAUCAAUCUGAAGAAGAGUAUGGAAUUUUCAUAAAGGAGAUAUUGCCAGAGAGGAUAGCUGCUACAGAUAAUCAAUUGUGUAUUGGAGAUUUGAUUUUAGAAGUCAAUGGCCAAAAAUUAUGUGGUGUAACCACUGAAAGAGCUGCUGACAUACUACAGAUGGCAUCGGCAACCAAUUAUGUGUCUUUACUUAUUGUGAGAGAUGAAGAUACAAAGAAAGAAUUUCUGGCCUUGAUGGGGAGGUACAGUUCACACAAUAACACAAACUCAAGAAGGAAUUCCCCAACACAGCUCCUAGCUGGUGUUGAUAGCUUUUCUUCAGGAUCAUCUUCAAGGUCAACGAGUCCUCCGCCAUUGCAUCCAAAGGACCCUGGGACAAGGCCCCCGGGAAGGCCUGCUGUGGUAACUUCCCUUCAAGCUACCACAAAUGACAGCAUAUUUCAGAUUAUCAGUGUUUCCAAGGAAACGGGUCUCGGCUUGCACGUUGUAGGAGGCAUUGACAAGAAUGAAGGGCCCUUGGUGUAUAUUCUGGCAGUUAUUCCUGGAGGUGACUGUCAUAAGGAUGGUCGACUGAAACCUGGGGACCAGCUUGUAUCUAUUAAUGAGGAAUCAUUGAUUGGAAUCACCUAUGAAGAGGCAAGAAAUCUAAUCAACAGAACAAAGCCGAGAUCAAAUACCUCUUGGGAGAUAGCUUUCGUUCGACGUGAUUCUGAUCCUGGUCAGAUAGAAAAUAUGCAGCCAUUCUCCAAUCUGCCAAGUUCAGAGAGAUGUGGACUACAGAAUAAUCUACCGAGCCUCAGUCCAACAUUGACUUCUAAUAAGAAUGUUGCUGCCGAGAAGUCUGUUCUGAAUAUGAUGAAAACUGGAUUCAAGAAAGGAGAGCAAUUUUCAGCCUUUUCUACAGACAACAGUUCCAUUGAUGUAUCAGCUGGGGCAGUAGCCCCCUCCUGGAGAAUUGAUUAUGGACCACAAAGAAGGAAGAUUUCCCUCAAUCCCUCAGUUCGCCUCAAAGCAGAUAAACUAGAGAUGGCUCUGAAGUAUCUUGGGAUUCAGUCUACAGAAGAACAGCAAGAAAUCCUAAGGCAACAGCUAGCAAAGGAUUCCGAGGGAACAGUCUGUUUUGGAGAUUUUGUUCAGGUGGCAAGAAAUUUAUUCUCUCAGCAACUGGAUGAGGCUGGUCAAGGCCCCGUACAUGAAAUUGCUAAAUUAUUAGAUUCACAGAUUUUAUCCUGUGACCUUCCAGAAAGACACAAAAUGGAAGAACUUAGGAAAGAGAAAAAUGAAGCUUUGAAAGAAAUACAUCAACUGAAGGAAGAAUUGGCAGAGUCAGAACGUGCGAGAAGACAACUAGCUGAAGAGCUGCAGAUUACCAAACAAGAAGCCAAGGCAUCUGUGGAGGAGACAAGAACCUUGCGAAGCAGAAUCCAUCUUGCAGAAGCUGCCCAAAAGCAAGCUCAUGGAAUGGAACUGGACUACGAGGAAGUAAUCCAUUUGUUGGAGGUAGAAAUAACCAAGCUGAAGGCUCAGCUUGCUGAUCACAGUGGCCAAAAUAAAGAGAGCGUGCAAGAUUUAAGGAAGAGGAUUACUGUGCUUGAUUGUCAGUUAAGAAAAUCUGAAACGGCCAAGAAGACUUUUGAGGUAGCAACUGAAAAGUUGCUGCAAUUUAUCGAGACUUUACCUGAAAUACUAUUGGACAGCAGUAGUCCUCCAGUCACUUUAAGUGACAGGAAAGCCACGAUCUCUUCAAAAAUGCUUCUUGCACAUCUGGGACGGAAUGGCCGCACUCUUGCAGCAUCUCUUGCGACAGAAGCCAAAGAACUUGCUAGAUCUGUCCGUGCCCUUCUAGAAGCAGAUUGUCUGCCUUAUGGAUGGGAGAAGGCCUAUACAGCUGAUGGAAUCAAAUAUUUCAUCAACCAUGUGACACAAACAACAUCCUGGAUCCAUCCUGUCACUAAUGUCCUUGCCUUGUCAUGCUUGGAAGGGAACGAGGAUGAUGGUUUCAGAGAGCUUCCGGAUCCCCAAACUGGAGAUCAUAGAUGAAAGACAACCACUUCCAACAGUUUAUUCAUCAACUGAAAUGAAUAAAAGCUUAGUUAUUGUUUCUGUGUAACAGGUUUUAAGGGUAAACAAAUGCUUUCAGAGUAUCAGUAUUAUACAGAAGAACCAGUUUCACAUUCCAUGAGUUUAAUUUUAAUAUUCUUUAUGUCCCCAUCAUUUCAAAUUCAUAUUUUUUUCAAAACAACCAUGGAAACCUCCUUGCAUUCCAAAUAAUUAUUGCUAAUAGCAGAUGUGAGGGACUAAAGCUGGCCCAAGAGCUAGAUUGUUCCUUACACAUAUCCUACUGCAUUCUCUUCAACAGUGCUGAGUCUCUCAGGCUAGUCUUACCAUGAAGUAAAUUUAAGGAAGUAGAUUCAGAAAGUUUUGGGGUGUUAUAGAAAGGUAACAAAAACAGUUGUUGGGUCUGGGCGGUUGUUUUUGUUUUUGCUUUUUUGUGACUUCAAGUCAGUGUUGACUCCUGGUUUCUGCCUCGACAAGCCCCUGAAGUUUUCUUGGCAAGGUUUUUCAGAGGUGUUUUGCCAUCACCACCUUCUUUCUAGGGCUGAGAGAUGGUGACUGACCCAGGGUUCCCCAGCUGGCUUUGUGUCUGAGGCAGGACUAGAACUCACCGUCUCCUGGUUUCUAAGCUGUUGCCUUAACCACUACACCAAACUGGCUCUCUGGUUAUUUACUUAGCUAUUGCAUUUUUAGUGGAAGGGAUGGCAGGGAGACACUUGAAAAUCUUCUUCCUGUAAACCAGAAGGAUUAAUUCCACUGGAGUAAUUUCCAUUGGAGUUGGGUAACCAGUCAGCACUAUUUGUUCUUUUAGAUCUAGAAAUAUCAGUCUAGCCACUCUAUACAUCUGAUAAAGUGAGAUGCUUCUCACAAAAGCUUAGGGCUUUUAAUAAAACUUGUUAGUUAGAAAAGAUGCUACCGGACUCCUCCUGAUUCCUUGCCACCAUAGACUAGCACGGCUGUCUUCUUACAACAUCUCUACCAGAAGAAUGAGGUACCUGUCCAACUCCUUAGUUUCACAGCUUUUCCAAUCAGUUAUCAAUACAUAAACUCAAGUAAUUAGCUGAGCAGUUUUGUCUUAUACUCAGCCAUAGUAACAUUUCAGCAACCUGGAGAUGUUUGGGGUUUUUUAACCCAUUAAUUAAUGGCUCUUCAAAAGUAGGUCACUACGUCCAGUGUAUUUCUUUAUCUUAGCAUCAUAUUGUUGGUCGGAUAAGUUGCCAUUGCCUCACAUCUUUCAUGAACAGAUUAUGUUCUGUUUAAAAGCAAAAUGUUCUCCAGCCCUGACUUACUUGCCUUUCUGCUUUAAGUUAUAAGAUGUAUUUCAUUAUGCAGACAGCUGCAAAUAGGAUAUGUAGUCUGAAAAUAUAGUGCCUUAGCAAUUUGUAUUAGUAAAGUUCUUAAUGUUUUUUUAUAACAAAAUUAGCCUAAUUUUUAACUUCCUUUUUUUUUAUUUCCCAGAUUAUGAGCCUGCCAAUUUCUCACUUUUUCUUUUUGCACAUGAUAUAACAGGCUAGUGACAAACAAUGUACUGUCAUUGUGUUCAGUCUUAAUAGAUGAAUAAAUGAGAUUUGUUUCAA